GCAGGCCCCGCUCCCAGUGCAAAGCCCUACCUGGGGCUCAACCUCAUGACUGUGAGAUCAUGCAUGACCUGAGUACAAAUCAAGAGUUGGACACUUAACUGAUUGAGCCACUGAGGCACCCCUAACUAUCAUUUUAAUUGCAGCAUUACCCCCUCUUAUUGAAAUCAUCUGAUUACAUGGAUAUUUUCUCAUUACCUGUAGGACAGGUAGAGACUGCACCUUGAACAUUUUUAUAUUCACAGAGAUUCUUACAGCCAACUUCAUUGAGUAGGUAUGCAACAAAUGUCAUGUAAACAGAGGUUAUUAGAAAAUAUAAAACACCAAUAGAAAUAAGGGUAGAAGAUAUGAGUACUUAACACAUAUAAAAGAAAAUGCACCUAUUUAAGACACACACACAAAAGUUAAAUAUUUCUAGUAGUUAAAAAUUCCAUUUAAAGCCAUGAUGAGAUACUAUUUUAAGCCAUUUAGAUGAUGAAAAAAACCUCUAAACUAUUGACAACAUCCAGUGAUGAUAAGAAUAAGAGAAAAUUGUUGUAUUAAUAGUGGGAGCAUAAAUUAAUAUUAUCUUUUAGCUUCAUAAAAAUACUCAUUGAUUUUGACCCAUCAGUUCACUUCUAGAAUUCUACCUUAACAUAGGAAUUUGAACUUAUUUUGUUAAAAAUAAAUUAAAAAAUAAAAAGGAAAAAGAUCAUUCGAAAGUAUCCAGCCUUAAGGUGACUCAUUGGCUCCUCAGAGGAGGAAAUGAUUUUGUCUUGCGUUAUUUUAUUUUUUUAUAAUGAAGAUCAGACUCCUUUCUGAACUAUGGUUAUCACUAGGUUGUUUAAUUAUAAUUUAUUUUCAGCUUUGUUUUUAAGCCUUUAUAUAUUACCUGAAUAUAUCUUUUCUUUCCUUGUCUAACCUUCUUUUACCUUCUUCCUACUUCCAAAAAAAAAAUGUCCUGUAUACAAAACCUGUGUAUUACUUUUUGAAUAUUUACAAUGUAAUAUGUUCAUUCAGAAAGUCAACUUUUAUUAUAAACUAAAUCAUAAAGUAAACAUAAAAUUGUAUGGUUAAUAAUCUAUACUUCCCAAAUGGUUUCGUGUGUGUGUGUUUGUGUGUGUGAGAGAGAGAGAAAAAGAGAUUGAAAGAUUGAGAGAGAAUUCAGUUGGGGAAAUUUUGAUGACUAUACAUGAGCCUCUUUAUGAUUUUUGUGUGAAACAGAGUAAUGGGCCUCUUGUAAUUAGGUCUUUAGGGCUUUAUUUCUGAAGUCUCAUGUUUUAUACAUAUUUCAUUUAUGAAGCAAUUUAAAGUUGUCCAUAGAGGUUUAGAGAGGUCCUUAAGAACACUUAAAUUGUGUCCUAAAGCAUGGAGCAGAUUCUUUAGAUAUUUGUGGAUCUCCACAAUGGGGCAGUGUUUUAGCCUGGGCUUUAUGGGGAAAUUGCCCCAUUCCUAAAAUGUAUGGUUAAGUAUCAAUUUCCUUCCUAUUUCGAACUAGAGGAAUCUAAUGGUGCUUUGUCUGAACUAGCAGAAUUUAUCUUUGUAUUCACACCUGUAACAGUCAUGUGUCUAUAAAUGUCAAACAAUCAGUGAGUUUCUAUGGCCAAAUGAUUACUCACUAGUAGCUGCCUCUUUGGAGGCUCAGCUACUAAUGUGGAGUCAUGAAGAUUGGCUGCAAGUAGAAAAGCAGGACAAAAUCAUCUGUUGCUGCAACCUAGAGAGACAGGCAGUCUCUGGUUUGAAGGUAAGUUACUGCAAAGACAGGAAACAAACUUAUCAUCGGUAAGUAGGAGUUGGGCUGAUGGUUUAAAAGUGUCAAUUUUGAACAUGAGCUGUUUUUCUCAUUGAGAGAUUGAGUGUUAGAAAGGGAAUUUAAGGGUCUAGUGACUGCAAUGUGGUGGGGAGAAAAGAGCUAUGAGACCAAAAGAGCAGUUCUGUAUGCAAAGACCACUGCACAACCAACUGGAAGGAAUUUGCCCAGCAGGAUGAGUUACUUUUUAUUAAUGUUCAGCUUUUUGGUGUGUUACAUCGUAUUUGGACACUGUUAUUUACUUGAGCGAAUUGAGGCUUACUAUAGGGUGUACAGUAGACUGUGUUCUUUGGUAAACAAGUCAUCGCCGGUCCUCUAGCAACAGCUCAGUUCCAUUUGGUUCAUCACUUAAGAACCAGGUGAACUGUGUUCCAGGUACUGUUCUAGGGCCUCUUUAUACAGAGAGAACCUACGAGGAGGAUCCUAUGACCAAUUUGGAUUUUUUUAAAGAAACUGAACAGUAUCAUUUUGUGAACUGAAAAAGAAAAUUUACCAAAGCAAUGCAUAGCCAGAAAGACACCUGCUUGGGCAUUAUUCCAGUAUGUUUGCCUGCAGUAUUGGGGACUAUUUUGAAUAUCUGCUUUUUGAUCAUUAGGUUAUAAUUGUAAAAGUGAGUAACUUUUCCUUUUCCUUUUCCUUUUUAUGUCAAGAGGCUUGCUAAAAAUGUUAAAAUAGUCUUAGUCAAAAAAGUUAGUCAUGUGUUUUAAGACAAGGAACACACUGGUACCUUACUACAACCCUAUCUUUUUUAUAGAGGGAAUUGAAUUUGAUAUAAGGCAGAACUUGAGAUGAGUUUUGACAUUUUGGCACCUAAUUUUCUGGUGUCCAGAAGAUUGGGGUGACUGUGAUAAAGUGUAUUAGGAUCUGUAUGUAGGAUGAAAUAAUACCAUUUGUCAGAACAUUGUGUGUGAUCUGAUUAAGCUUUUAAGCUACAUGUACUUGAUAAAGAAAUGACUGUUUCAGAGAUGUAAAAAAAAAAAAAAAGAAGGAAGAAAUGAACAGAGAGGCAUGAAGGAAACCACUGACAAUGGGAACCAUUGUUGUGCUAUUUGGAUUAUAUGCACCAGCUCCUUAGUCAUAUAAACAAAUAUUAUGAUAUAAGUGUUUUUAUCUUCAUUCUUUACCAAGGAUGAUGAUAAUCAGAAAUGUGCCCAGGCCAUCUAGUUAAGAGGCAGAGAUGGUGUUUGACCUAAGUUUGCCUCCAGAGUCUGUGUGCCUGACAGUGGUAUGGAAUGUGCGUGUUAGAAUAUCAUGUAGCAUGGGGAUAGCUAAUGGAACCAUGGCUUUGGCACAGAUGAUUUUUCACAGGGGUGCAUAUAAUCUUAAGUAUUCAAAGAACCCCUGGUGUACCUAAUGCCUUUGGGGGUCUCAAGUGGUUUCAGACCUAACCCAGAAAAGUAUGACAAAUUCUAUAAGAUGGAAAUCUUCUAAAAAAUUAAAUAAUUUUAAAAGCUAGGGCAAAGAGGAGUUUAGAAUAGGAAAAUCAAAUUGGGUUUUGGGUGAUCACAAGGAGACUAGUUAUGGCCUGAAAAUGAGAAGAUGGACCCUAGACUCAGAGCAAAGUAAUUCAUAACGUUAGAUGGACAAAAGACUUGAGAACAUAUCCACUUAUGGAUUGGUAAAAUUGAGUAGAGUGUUCAAGUUAAUGAAAACAAAUAGUGAAUGACAACUAGCCAGCAAAAUAAGGAAGUGGGAAAAAAAGAAAAUGCAAAAAUGCAAAAUAAGUAAGUAACAAAAAUAAAGUAUAUGGAAAGAAAAAAAUAAAAUACAUUAAUAUUUAUAUUUUAAAGUGAAUGGACUUGAUACUCUCAUAAAAGACACUAUAAAAAGAGAUUAAAAAUUUAAACCAAGAUAUACGUUACUUAUAAGUAGUGUACUUAACAAAACGAAAUGGAAGAAUUGAAAAUAAAGGAAUGCACAAAGAGCAGACAAAAGCAAACUAAAAGAAAGCAGUAGUGUAAUAGCAAUAUGCUAAAAAUGGAAUUUAAAGCACAAAACAUGAAAAAGGUCAAUUAAUAACAUUCACAAUUUAUAAAGAUUAUCAGCCAUAACCAAUACAGAAGCUAAACAUAUAAAAAUCCUACAUAUAUAGGAUACAUAUACUUAAAAUACAUGUACUUAAAAUUUUUGAAUAGAAUUUAUUAAAUAUAGAUGUCAGAAAAUAAUUAUUUGAAAUAUUUGAAUAAUAUAUUAAAUAAACUUGAUUAUAUGUAUAGAUGUAUGCAUGUAUUGUGUAUCCAUAUAAAACCAUAUAUCUUUCUCCAAGAGAAUUCAUACAUUUACAACAUGGAUCAAGUAAUUGGCUGCCAAAGUCUCCAUAGGUCAUGUUCUCUUUUCAUAAUAAAAUAAAGUUGGAAGUAAAUAACAAAGUCAAACACAAAUAUCUAAUGACUAGUUGUGCAAGAAACACACAUUUGGGUAACUCUUGGUUUAAAGAAGGAAAGGGAAAAAUUACCUAGAAGCCAAUGAAGAGAACAUCUCAUGAAAAUUUACCUUUUUAGGAAAGCAAAGUAUUUUAAGGACAUUAAUUUAGAGGUAGCAAUAGAGAAGAAAGAGGAAACUUCAAUGAAUUUAGUUCUUAUUUCCUGGAAAUAGAAAAUUCCAAGUAAGUUUAAAAUAUUUACAAACAGAACUUAAGUUAAUAAAACAUGGAAAAAAAAGUGAGAAAGAUAAAUCUAUCCAAAAGCCCCCACCCCCCAGCUUUUUUGAGAAUACCUGUAUUAUAGGAAAAUGCCUUGUGAGAUGAAUAAGAAAAAGUAUUACGUAAGAAUAGUAAGGAAAAAGGAGAAAGGAGAAAGAAUUUCUCACAAGGGAAAUCACAGAUUGGAAGGGUUAAAUGUUGUAUGACAACACAUUUGUAGUGAAAUAUAAAGUAUCAAAUGAACUCUCAAAUCUCCAUUUUGAAAUAUUGCUUCUUUCUGAAUAAUCCCUAUUUUGGUCUGAUAGUUCUCUUGAAACAUUAGUAUUGUCAAUUAGUAUUCUAGUCUAUAAGCCAAGAUCUCUAGAAAUUGAAUAAUUAAGAAUUUAUACUCUGCAACCAUAUGGCUUGGGAUUAACUCUUCGUUCUACCAUUUUUUUAGCUACAUGACUUUGAUCUUAAGCAAAUUACUUAAUUUUUCUGUGCUUUAUUUUCCUCCUCUGUUCAUAAAUAAAGAUGAUGAUGCUAGUAACAGUAACUGACUAAUAGGGUUGUUAUUCAGACUGAAUUAGGUAAUGCAUAAAGCAAGCAAUUAGUAGAGGAUUGACACAGAGUGAGAAAAAUCUUGUCUUUCAUUUUAUUCCUUAACUAAACAAAUAUUUUUGAACAUCUAUCUCUGUGUCCACUUCACUAUAGAUACUGGACUGUGGAAGUAAAUAAGAAAAGUAUCUAUCUUUAUAAAGUUUACAUGCUAUGGUUAAAACAGAUAGUAAACAUAACAUUAUAAUUUCAAGGAGUGACAAGAUCAUUGAUUUAUUGUGUGGUGGUGUGUAGCCAAUAAAAAUGGUUUAUUGUUCAGUUGCACAUGAAAUACAAUGCUAAGUUUUUAUUAUAACCUCAAGUUUACAUAUGUGAUGAUAAAUAAAACAAAAAUCCCAGGCUUCAGGAAAGAAGACCUAGGUUUGAAUCUCACUUAGCUCUGAUAUAUAUUUACCUUUGGUCAAGUUCACUUAAUAUUUACACUUUAUCUAAAUUGUGGAUAAUAAUAUCUCUGUCACUUAGCACUGUGAUGAAAUUAAGUAAAUUACAUGACAUAUUUCAUGUAACAUAAAACAUGUUAGUUUCCUCUUCCCUUCCCCCUCCUUCUUCAGAACUUGCCAUGCUUUGGUUCACAUGGUUUACUUCUUUUUUUCUUUACUCUUUUCCUUAAAAAAAAUUUUUCCCCUCUGAGAAGAGGGGUACUUGUAAACCGGUACACAUUUGAAAGUAAUCAUAAUAAGAUACACAUUUUGUUUUAACAAAUUUUAAUGUCUUACAGGUAAAAGAGAAACAGUAGAAUGGAAUGGGAAAAUCAAACCAUUCUGGUGGAAUUCUUUCUCAAGGGGCUUUCUGAUUACCCAAGGCUUGAGCUACUCUUUUUUGCACUAAUCUUAAUAAUGUAUGUUGUCAUCCUUCUGGGCAAUGGCACCCUUAUUUUAAUCAGCAUCUGGGACCCCCACCUUCACACCCCUAUGUACUUCUUCCUGGGGAACCUCUCCUUCUUGGACAUCUGCUACACCACCACCUCCAUUCCCUCCAUUCUGGUGAGCUUCCUCUCAGAAAGAAAGACCAUAUCCUUCUCUGGCUGUGCAAUACAGAUGUUCCUCGGCUUGGCCAUGGGGACAACAGAGUGUGUGCUCCUGGGCAUGAUGGCCUUUGACCGGUAUGUGGCUAUCUGCAACCCUCUAAGAUAUCCUGUCAUCAUGAGCAAGGAUUCCUAUGUGCCCAUGGCAGUUGGGUCCUGGAUCAUAGGAGUCAUCAACUCUGCAGUACAGACCGCAUUUGUAGUACAGUUGCCUUUCUGUGGGAAUAAUGUCAUCAAUCAUCUCUCCUGUGAAAUUCUGGCUAUCAUGAAACUGGCCUGUGCUGACAUCUCAGGCAACGAGUUCAUCAUGCUCGUGGGCACAACACUGUUUAUAUUGACACCACUGUUAUUAAUCAUUAUCUCUUACACAUUAAUCAUUGUCAGCAUCCUCAAAAUUCGCUCUUCUGAGGGGAGAAGCAAAGUUUACUCCACGUGCUCAGCCCAUCUGACUGUGGUGAUAAUAUUCUAUGGAACCAUUCUCUUCAUGUACAUGAAGCCCAAGUCUAAAGACACACUUAAUUCAGAGGACUUGGAUGCUACUGACAAACUUAUAUCCCUGUUCUAUGGGAUUGUAACUCCUAUGAUGAAUCCUUUAAUAUACAGUCUUAGGAACAAAGAUGUUAAGGAGGCAGUAAAACACUUACUGAGAAGAAGUAUGUUUAACAAGUAAAUGGGAAAGGGACACAUAAUUUUUGUAAUCACAUUGUGGAAAUCAAUUAGACAAACUAAAGGGCCAAAUAGAUAGGUUCUUACUGCUGUGUCAAAUUCAUCUCUCAAAUCUCUCAAGGAUAUUUUUUGGUGCAGUGCAUAAUGAAAAUAAGUAAAUAAAUGCCUAUGUUUUAGGGGUCAGCGAUUGUUUUUAUUGUUGAAGAGCUUGAUUAAGAGGGCAAGUAGAGGGGUAGUGUAAUAGUGAGAGAGAUUUCCAGACAGGAGAAUGUUACACUUGUAUUAAAACCUUUAAAAUGUUUUUUGAAAACAUAUGGUAUCUAUCUUUCUCUGUAUGACUUAUUUCACUUAGCGUAACACUCUCCAGUUCCAUCCAUGCUGCUACAAAAGGCCACAUUUCAUUCUUU